AUGCCAAACACCAAGACUGUACACGUAUCUCAUUUGGGCGGCAUCGAUGCCGCCUACCAGAUGCCCAAACCCUAUGACUCUUCCAAACCAACGUUAGUACUCGUCAACAGCUUCACGACCAGCUCCGAGCUCUACCGCAGUCAAUAUGCCAACAAGGAGCUCACCGAUGCACUGAACUUGAUUUCCAUCGAACUUCUUGGACAUGGGCAGACAAGGACCAAGUCCGAGAACUUCACCUACUGGGACACUGCAUACAUGAAUCUUCAGGUUAUCGAUGCUCUUGGUAUCAAAGGCAAGAUAUUCGUGCUCGGGACGAGUCAAGGUGGUUGGAUCACCGUGCGCAUGGCGUUGCUCGCUCCUGAUAAGAUCGCUGGAAUCAUUCCGCUGGGAACAUCUCUCGACAAUGAAAAUGACCGCACUGUAUCCUUGGGAUGCUGGGAAGGUCCCUCGCUGCUCAAACCCAAUAUCGAAGCAUGGACGUCGAACAAGAAGACUCCCGACUUUGAGCCAUCCACCGAGUACGCCGAUUUCCUGAUCGACAUUGGUUUUGGCAAGGAUGUCGACAAAGAAACCCGCAAAUUCUGGCAAGACACCAUCAAGUCCAACUAUCAAGGCGACGACGGUCGACGGAGAAUCCGUAUGGCUGCGAUCAAUCUGGCGGAGCGGGACGGUCUACAUUCUCGCCUCUCGGAUGUAAGAUGUCCUGUGCUCUGGCUGCAUGGCACGGAUGAUGCUGUCUACUCCGUUGCGAAUGCGGAGGUGGAGAUCAAGAAGUUCGUCAAUAGUCCGGAUGCGAAGCUGCAGGUUGUUGAGGGUGGCAAGCAUUUUCUGAGUUUCAGCCAUCCGAAGGAAGUUGAUGGGGCUUUGAUUGCUCUUGCGAAGAAGUAUGGGAAGUGA